AGCGGAUCAGCACCGCGGACAGCGCCGGAGCCGCUGGGAGAAACCGGGAGAGGCGCUUCUUCACCGGAGGGAGGAGGAGGAGGAGGACCGGAGGAAAUAAGAAUAAUUUUGGAAAAACAAAACAAAGCAACAACAGCGGCUUGUUUACGCGAUGACAGCCACGGAGGGUGCUUUAUUUAUUUAUUUUUUCACCUCCCUGUUCCGGAAGUAGCUGCUGCGUCGGUUCAAUCUCCACAAACCGACCAUUUCGAGGAGGAGAGAGAAAAAAAAGCAGCAGGAGCAGCAGCUUCUAUCUGAUAAUCAAUGGCAGCGCUGCAGAGACGUUUGUGUUUUUCUUCUGGCUCUGACUGAAAAUAAAAACGCUCCUGAGACGUUUCCGCUGAUGGACAUCGAGGCGCGGAUCCGGAGCCUCUGUGGGGGUUUUGUGCCGCCGCCGUGUUUCCAGCCAGGCUUGUGAAAAUGCAAAUGAUGAAGAGGAUUGUGUUUUUCCGGAUUCAUCGUGGAGGCUUCACACAGCAGAGGAGAUGAAACACACCAACAUGAUGAUCUGACGCUCGGGACGCUCCACUGAGGGACAAUAAACCAGAAAAAAUAAUCAGAAUUAAAGCCAAACUCCGAUCUUUUCGUGCUUUUUUUGGAUUAUGAUUCUUGACAGGAGCCCCAGAUGUGAAUGUGCUGUGGAUGGCAUGUCGUUGUGCUCUUUUCUUCCCCAGCAGCAGCUCCUGGUUCGUGGCUCGGCGCUGCGCUCUCUUCCACUCGUCCACUCUCUGGCAGGCUUCGGGUAGCAGAGAAAAAAACACGAGAAGAAAAAAAACAUGUAGGCUGCUCUCUGCUGCAUGUGAGAUUAAAAGAACAAAAAAGAAAAGGAAAACAGAAGAAGAGGAGGAAGGUGAAUGUGAAAUCCGGAGAUGAUCUGCGAUGGGGUGCGGUGGUGGAAAGAUGCAUAGAGUUGUUUGAGUGAUGAAUAUUGAAAGAGUCCAGCUGAAAGGGAAAAUCUUUCAUCCGCAUUGGCUUAGACACACAUGCCAUCAGUGUGGCGAGAGGCGCUCAUUUCUGUGGAUUUCCUUUUAAUAAAUGUGGCAAAUACGACAUUAAACAUGAACAUAUCGGGUGUAUGAGGAGGGAUAAUCAUAUUUAUUAUAAUAACAAAAACAAUAAGGGGGAGAAAAGUGGACAAAAAACGUUCAUUCAUUUGGAUUCUUUAUGUAGCCAAACAUGUUCAAGUAUCGGAUCCGCAUGUUUUUCAAUGAACUGAAAGUCCUGGUGUUUAUGCGAUCCGAUUCGAGACAGUCCGGCUCAGACGCAGAGAGAUCCAGGUCCGGCGGAACCAUGCGCGGUCUGGGGAUGGGCGGCUGCGGUUGGCCGCCUUUCGUCGACUGCCAUUCCCGGGACGACGAGGAGGAGUACUACGGCAGCGACCCGCGGCCCCGGAGCCUGGCGUUCGAGGACAAGGAGCCCAAGCUGCAAGUGGGCCUGGACGCCGUGUCCCUGGCCAGCACCGCCAGCAGCCUGCGGACCCCCCAGUGCCGGAUCUGCUUCCAAGGCCCCGAGCAGGGCGAGCUGCUGAGCCCCUGCCGUUGUGACGGAUCAGUGCGCUGCACCCACCAGCCCUGCCUCAUCCGCUGGAUCAGUGAACGGGGAUCCUGGAGCUGCGAACUCUGCUACUUCAAGUACCAGGUUCUGGCCAUCAGCACCAAGAACCCGCUGCAGUGGCAGGCCAUCUCACUGACGGUGAUCGAGAAGGUCCAGAUCGCCGCCAUCAUCCUGGGCUCGCUGUUUCUCAUCGCCAGCAUCUCCUGGCUCAUCUGGUCGUCGCUCAGCCCCUCGGCCAAGUGGCAGCGUCAGGACCUGCUCUUCCAGAUCUGCUACGGCAUGUACGGCUUCAUGGACAUCGUGUGCAUAGGCCUCAUCAUCCACGAGGGCUCGUCGGUGUAUCGGAUCUUCAAGCGAUGGCAGGCUGUCAACCAGCAGUGGAAAGUUCUGAACUAUGAGAAAUCGAAGGACUUGGGAGACCCGGUGAGUUCGGGUGGCAAGGCGGGCGCUCGUGGCUCUCGUGGGAAUCCUCACGGCCUGGCGAGCAGCGGCGGUGGACGGCCCAGCAGGAGGCUAAGAACUAUUCUGAACCACCACUGUGGAUACACCAUCCUGCACAUCCUGAGCCAGCUGAGGCCCAACGACCCACGGAUCAGCGCCGCCGCCAACCGCGAGGUGGUGAUGAGGGUCACCACUGUAUGAGGCGGCGCCGGAUGCAUCCGGAUGUUGAACGGCUGGAGGGACUCGCCGAUAUUAAAAACUAAAAGACUCGGAGGCCUCGACGCCCGGAGCAUCAACAGACAGCACACACUCGAGGAUUUCUCCUUCUUGUUUCGUACGACAAAAAGGAAGCCAGAUGCUCCUUUUCAAUAAUUAAAGACUUGAUUAAAAUAAGGACAAAAGAAAAAAAACAUUAAAAGACAUCAAACAUGGCGGGAAAAAGUGUAAACAGGUUUCAGAACCUGAUCCAAGCCGAUGACAAGACCUUUUUUUUCCAGUUCGAUAUCAGGACACACAUUUUCUUUUUAAUCCUCUCGGUUUGAUUUGUAUCUGUUCUUUUUGUUUUUUUCUUAGUUUUUUUUUUUUUUUUUACUCACUUUGAUUUUGUACGGACAUAUGAUUUUAGAGGAAAUCAUGUAACUCCAUACAUGCCAAGCAUUUCCAGACAACUAUGUAUAAUGAUCUUUAAAAUUUCUACAAGCUAAACCUAAUGCUGGUAAAUAGACCGAAAACUGAAACAAACACGAGAGGCGACGACAGAAACAAUAAGUCAUUACGAGUAAAAGAAAAAAAGAGAAAAAAAACAAAAAAAGAAAUCAAAAAGAUUUCAGUUACACUUUAACCUUUCUGCAAUAAAGAUACGUAUGUACAUUUCACAGGGAAUUUUGCAUGGGUAUAUAAUUUUAUUCUUCAUCACAUAACAUAAGCACAUGACAAAUUUGCUCUAUUUCGAAUGGUGCUUGCCAAAAUAAACACUUUAAAAACGUCUGAUUUCAUUGCACCAACUUUUUGUCGACAUGACAAAUGGCAGUGUGUUACGGCUAUUUCAGCUAAAAUACAGAUUGUUGCUGCUGUGUGCUGAUUCAGAUUUGAUAAUAAGUAAACUAUUGGAUUAAAAAUGGGGAUCCGAUGAUCUCUGACUUCUCAGUCUCA